AUGCUGGUACGGGAAUAUAAACUGGUGGUUGUAGGAGGAGGUGGUGUAGGUAAAUCUGCACUGACCAUCCAAUUGAUCCAGAGCCAGUUUGUGGAUGAAUAUGAUCCCACUAUUGAAGAUUCGUAUCGAAAGCAAUGCCUUAUUGACGACGAGGUAGUGAUUCUUGAUGUACUGGAUACUGCUGGUCAAGAAGAGUACUCGGCCAUGCGAGAGCAAUACAUGAGAACAGGCGAGGGGUUCUUGAUUGUAUAUUCCGUGACUUCACGGUCGUCGUUUGACGAAGUCAAGAAUUUUCAUCAACAGAUUUUGCGAGUCAAGGAUCAGGAUGCUUUCCCGAUAGUGAUUAUUGGUAACAAAAUCGAUUUAGAGAACGAGCGUCAAGUGUCUUUUGAAGAAGGUCAGCAAUUGGCAGACAGUCUUGGAUGUCCAUUCCUAGAAACAUCAGCCAAACGACGAAUCAAUGUUGACGACAGUUUCUAUGCUCUUGUGACCGAAGUACGGAAAUUCAAUCGAGGCGAUUCCGGAUCAGAACGAACCGGAUCCAUCAAAUCUAAACCAUCACGACCCAAUAACACCAGCCGGUCAGGCACCACGACUCUAAAUCACGAAGCAGCCUACUAUAGCGGCAAUACCAUCGGCGGUGGGCCCACGAACAUGGCAGCUCGCAGCAAACGCGACCCCGGCACCCGCUACGACGAGAAACCCGACAAUGACGGCUGCUGCUGUAUCAUCUCAUAA